CGCCUGCGCGUCAGCACUUCCGGCGUUGCGGUGAGAGGCCGGGAGGACCAGCUAGCAGCUUCGGUGUGCUUUCUUGGCGCUCCUAGGUUCCACGGGCGGCAAUCCCCGCGAGGCCCAUGGGAUUCCCUCGCUGAGUCCUUAGUAGUCCGUCCCGGAUCCUACUCCCUACCCUCGCUUGCACCGCUGUGGAGUUUCGGGUUAGGUAGUCUUCCCUGCAGGUCCUGUGCUGUUAAGCCCCAGGAGCCCAAACUUUAAUGAGAAAACGAUGAAGAAGUUAAAGCUUAAGGAACUAGAGAGUCGUCUGCAAGAAGUGGAUGGAUUCGAAAAGCCCAAGUUACUUCUAGAACAGUAUCCCACUAGGCCGCACAUUGCAGCAUGCAUGCUUUAUACAAUCCACAAUACAUACGACGACAUUGAGAGUAAAGCAGUUGCAGAUCUAGGAUGUGGUUGUGGAGUACUCAGUAUUGGAGCCGCAAUGUUAGGAGCAGGGUUGUGUGUUGGAUUUGACAUAGAUGAAGAUGCACUGGAAAUAUUUAAUAAAAAUGUGGAAGAGUUUGAGUUAACAAAUGUCGAUAUGAUUCAGUGUGAUGUGUACUCAUUAUCUAGCAGAAUGUCCAAGUUAUUUGACACAGUAAUUAUGAAUCCUCCCUUUGGGACCAAAAAUAAUAAAGGGACAGAUAUGGCUUUUCUGAAGACUGCUUUGGGAAUGGCAAGAACAGCAGUGUAUUCUUUACACAAGUCCUCAACUAGAGAACAUAUUCAGAAGAAAGCUGCCGAGUGGAAAGUGAAGACAGAGAUUAUCGCAGAGCUUCGAUAUGACCUACCAGCAUUAUACAACUUUCAUAAAAAGAAAUCAGUAAGUUCUCCAAUUGUGGCCUAUGUAUAUUCACUAUUCAAAAGUUUUGCAAUGGUCAUUUCCUCUUACCAAGAAAGAUGGGUAAAAAGAAAGCCAGCCCGAGGGGGGGAGGGGGGAGGGGGGAGGGAGAGAGAGAGAGAUCGAGAGAUGGAGAUCGAGAGGCAAGUUAACUGUGGGAAGGGCUUGUAUCAUAGUAGUCAAUAUUCUAGUUGAAGUUCUUUGUGAAAAGUUCUAAGAGAAACAAAAGGAAAGAAAAACAAAAGGAAGAAAGAACUAUUGGCUAUUUUUAUACAGUAUAUAUUUUACAAGUCUGUACUAAUACAUUCUCAUAUUACAAAGGCAAUUAAGAGGAAGAAUCUUCCUUUUCAUAUUUUAAUCAUCCAAACACAAACAGAACUAUACAUUUUAAAAAACUUUCAUUUGGAUAACAACAAAAAGACAAGUAAAACAAAAAACUUUUCCUUUUAUACAGGUGGACAUUGAAGUGGACCUAAUUCGCUUUUCUUUUUAAAAGCUUCUGAAGACAAAAAGCAGCUUAAAACCUAACUAAGGAAUAAAAACACUGCUUACUAAAUAAACUACUUGUCUCUAGCA